AUGCACCUCGAAUCCGUGGUUGAUGAUUUGAAUGAAGAUAUCCUGCAGCCCUGGGCCGAUAUAUUAGCGAAGAAGGGGAUUACACGACCGGGGCCAUUGAGUCCUUUCCUCGAGAAGGAGUUGCUCAAGGAUACGGAUCUGAGUUUGGAUGGAGGGUUGUUCGAAAGGGUCACCGGGUUUGAGUAUCAGCGGGGAGAUGGGCUGAAGAGAGAGGGCGUGGAGGAAAUGUACUGCGUCUAUAAUAACAUUAGCGAUGAGGAUGAGGUGGAUGCCGACAAUGGUGAUGAGGACUGGAUGGGCAGAAGACCAUCUGCAAGACGAAGAAUUGGUAUCACUAUCGAGAAACGAUCGGCAUUGAAAAAUUCUACGGAAGCAAAAGGCUGGGACGAGUGCACAGACGGACGAUCAGGCCAUCGAUUCAAAACCAAAACAAUGCACACAUGA